AUGCGAGGCUGGCAGCACACGACCCGAGGCCUGCCUUCACAGGUCCUCACACUCUCCGACUCACUCGCCCUCCCCACACUCACAUCGCCAACUCAGGCACUGAUAAAAGUGCACCACGCCGCGCUCAACCCGGCCGGCUCGAUCUUCAUGCAACUCUGCCCGGGCAUCCUGCGCCGCAAACCCUGCAUCCCGGAGAUGGACUUCAGCGGUGAGAUUGUCAGCGUCGGCGCGGCUGUGCCGUUGACGCGAGGCUUCGAGCCCGGCGUCCAGGUGUUCGGCAGUGUUUCCGUCGCCGAGCAUCUGAGGGGUCAAGGGUCGUUGUGUGAGUUUCUCGUCGUGGAUAGUGACGGCGUGGAGCUUAAGCCCGGGAAUGUCUCGAUGGUGGAGGCUGCAGGGUUGGGGAUCGCUGGGUGCACCGCGCUGGCGGUGUUGGAUGCGGCGGUGGCGAAGGGGCUGGCGAAGGGGAUGAGGGUGUUGAUUAAUGGGGCCGCUGGGGGAAUUGGGUGUUUUGUUACGGAGAUGGUUCGUGAUAGGGUUGGGAAGGGAGGGUAUAUUGUUGCGAUCUCUUCGGGAGACAAGGUGGACUUGCUGAGGGAGCUGGGUGCGGACGAGGUGUUGGACCGCAAAUCCGUCCCCUCGGUGUCAUCGCACCUGACAGAAAACCACGCCGAGCAGCCAUUCGAGAUGAUCAUCGACGCCUACGGUGUGCAAGAGCUCUACAACAACAGUGCGGCCUUCCUGAAACCCGACGGACACUUCGUCACCGUCGGCAUCGCCUUCACGGAGUACAGCUACGGAAGCAUGGCUGUCGCCGUCAGGGAUAUGCUGUGGAAUGUCGUCUGCUCUGCAUGGGGUGGUUCUGGGAGCAGACGAUACGUCCAAGUCGCUUCGGCGUGUAAUCUGGACAGCCUGGAGAGGUUGAGGGUUUUGUGUGAGGAUCGGGCCUUGCGCGUGCCGAUUGAUUCCCAGUGGGCGUUUGAAGAUGCUCUAAAGGCUUAUGAGAGGAUGGUCAGUCGUAGUGCCAAGGGUAAGAUUGUCGUCAAUGUGCUGAAAGAUGUGCUUGUUGCGGAGGGACGGGACUGA